AUGGCAAGCCAACCCUCCGAAGAGCCCGUGGUGCCGGCCACCGCUGCUCCUGCGCCUGCCGCGACAGUAUCACCAGCGCCCGCCACCAACGGCGUCACAACUGCCGACAAGCCAGACCAGGCGGAGACCGCAACCGAGCAAAAUGGCGAGAAGGAGGCGGAGGCCGAGCAGGCUGCGCCUGUUCCCGAGGGCAAGCUCCCCACGCGCAAAGACAUGUCGCUCCGCGAGUUCCUCACCAAGAUGGAUGACUACGCCCCAAUUAUCCCCGAUGCCGUGACAAACUACUACAUGACCAAAGCCGGCCUGCCGCCUCCCCCACAGACGGACCCGCGCCUCGCGCGUCUGCUCGCCCUUGCAACGCAGAAGUUCGUCGCCGAUAUUGCGGCCGACGCGUACCAGUACUCGCGCAUCCGCGCCUCCAACACUAACGCCAACAAUCCCAUGGGUAACCUCGGCGCCGCCGCCGGCUUCCCGAUCCCCGGCCAGCCCGCGGGCCCGACGGGCGCAGCCUCGAAGGACCAGGGCCGCGGCGGUCCUCUGGGAAUCCAGCGUCCGGGCUACGGCGGUGGUGGACAGGGCGGCAGCCAGAACAGGACGGUGCUGACGAUGGAGGAUCUGGGCAUGGCUGUCGGCGAGUAUGGCGUCAACGUCAAGAGGAGCGAGUUCUACCGCUGA